AUGGAUGAUAUUCUGGACGAGGUCAUCAAACAGCAUCAAGCCAACCGCGAAAAUGGGAAAGUGGGGAAUGCUGAGUCGGAAGAUGAAGAUAUUAUUGAUGUUCUGCUUCGACUGCAGGAAAGUGGCAACCUCCAAGUUCCAAUCACAACUAGAAACAUCAAAGCUCUCCUUCUAGAUAUUUUCAAUGCCGGAACUGAUAAUUCAUCAGUAACAGUCCAAUGGGCCAUGUCAGAAUUGAUGAGGCAACCAAACCUAAUGGCAAAGGCACAAGACGAAGUAGACAAAUCUGUGAGGGAAAAAGGACAAUCGAGGAGGCCGAUAUGGAAAAGUUGA